UUUUCCUGGACAAUUAUAUCUAUGUCCAAAAUAAAAAUAACUCUCCAUUAAAACAGAUCUUAUGAAAUAAAAGUCCUUCAUAAAAUGGUAAUUAGUAUCAACGUUAGUCACUGUAGAUAAGAUAUGUAGUGUAUUGAUAAAUUCGAACAAUUUACACCAUUUUGUGAAUGACGUGAAGUUAUGUGCAUUUAAAUAAGAAUAAAAAUAAAUAUCAUCAUUUAAGACGUUUAAUUUUUUUAUUGUAUAAUUUUAUUUAAACAUGCGUGAAAUCGUGCACAUCCAAGCGGGCCAGUGUGGAAAUCAGAUCGGUUCCAAGUUCUGGGAGAUCAUAUCUGACGAACAUGGCAUAGACGAGACCGGCAUUUACAAAGGCGUAAGUCCACUACAAGCUGAGAGACUUAAUGUUUACUACAAUGAGGCUUCUAGUGGAAAAUUUGUCCCAAGAGCUGUCCUCGUGGACCUUGAACCUGGGACCAUGGACUCAGUGCGGUCCGGCCGCUAUGGUCAAUUGUUCAGGCCGGACAAUUUUGUAUUUGGUCAGAGUGGAGCAGGAAACAACUGGGCUAAGGGUCAUUAUACAGAGGGUGCCGAACUAGUUGAUGCUGUUCUUGAUGUUAUCAGGAAAGAAGCAGAAGGAUGCGAUUGCUUACAAGGUUUCCAACUCAGCCACUCCUUGGGCGGUGGAACCGGUUCCGGGAUGGGUACGCUCCUCCUUAGCAAGAUAAGGGAGGAAUACCCUGAUCGCAUCAUGACCACAUUCAGCGUGGUCCCCUCACCCAAGGUCAGCGAGGUGGUCCUGGAGCCAUACAACGCAACGCUCUCCGUCCACCAGCUCGUUGAGAAUACAGACAUGACGUUCUGCAUCGACAACGAAGCUCUCUAUAACAUUUGCUUCAGGACACUACGUCUGAGCAGUCCAGGGUACGGAGACUUGAAUCACUUGAUAUCGCUCACAAUGUCGGGAGUGACCACGUGUUUGCGGUUCCCGGGACAGCUGAACGCCGAUCUGAGGAAGUUGGCCGUCAAUAUGGUCCCAUUCCCGAGACUGCACUUCUUCAUGCCUGGCUUCGCACCUUUGACCGCGAGGAACUCCUUCAGCUUCCGCGCACAGACCGUCCCAGAGUUAAUGACACAGAUGUUCAACCCUGGUAAUAUGAUGACGGCUUGCGAUCCUCGUCACGGUAGAUAUUUGACAGUGGCCACCAUGUUCAGAGGCCAGAUGUCCAUGAAGGAGGUCGACGAUCAAAUACUAGCGAUACAGAAUAAGAAUUCGAGCUAUUUCGUGGAAUGGAUUCCGAAUAACCUCAAAGUGUCCGUCUGUGACGUCCCGCCGAGAGGACUCAAAAUGUCCGCGACCUUUGUCGGAAACUCGACCGCCAUUCAGGAGAUAUUUAAACGGAUAUCCGAACAAUUCACAGCCAUGUUCAAGAGACGGGCUUUCCUCCACUGGUACACCGGCGAGGGUAUGGACGAAAUGGAGUUCACAGAAGCCGCUAGCAACAUGAGCGACUUAAUAUCAGAAUACCAGCAGUAUCAGGAUGCUCAUGUAGAUGAUGAAGAAGUCGGCUUUGAUGAAGAGGAAGAGGAGGAGGAAGAGCCAAAUUUCACAGACACCAAAGAAAUUUUGCAUUAAUGUUGCCCGUUUGUAAAUAAUAAAUAAAUUACAUUUGAAGUUACUACGUAGGUGUUAUGAUAAUAUCGUUAUAAAUAAAUGACAUUACUCCAAAAUCAAA